AUGGGGGUCAUCAAGAAGAAGACGGGUACGCGGGGCACCGAAGGUGGCACCAAGUACGUCUGUGAUGUGUGCUCAUCCGACAUCACGUCGACGGUCCGCAUACGCUGCGCCGAAGACGUGUGCAGCGAAUACGACCUCUGCGUGCCAUGCUUCUCCGACGGCAAGGCUACACGCGACCACCAGCCUGCCAAGCACAAGUUCAAGGUCAUCGAGCAGCACUCCAUCCCCAUAUACACCGAAGACUGGGGCGCCGACGAGGAGCUGGCCCUCUUGGAAGGCGCCGAAACAUAUGGUCUGGGCUCAUGGGCAGACAUUGCGGAUCACAUAGGCGGCUACCGCGAGAAGGAUGAGGUCCGCGAUCACUACAUCGACACCUACCUGGACAGCCCGAGCUUUCCCCUGCCGGAGCACUGCAGCAAGGAUGACACCGAGCUCAGUACCCGCAUACCGCGUCACGAGUUCCAGGCGAGGAAGAAGAGGAGGAUAGAGAAGAAGAAGGAGGAAGCUGCAGGCCGUGAACCCGAUGCUCCCAAGCAGAAGCCCACGGCUAGUGUCCCGGCCUGCCACGAGGUCCAAGGAUACAUGCCCGGUCGUUUGGAAUUCGAGACUGAGUACUUCAACGAAGCCGAAGAGGCUGUGCAACACAUGCAGUUUGACCCUGGCGAUGGCUUGAACCCAAGGACGGGCGAGCUGGAGCCGGAGAUGGAGCUCAAGAUGACCAUUAUGGAGAUCUACAACCACCGUCUAGACGCCCGAGUUGAGCGCAAGAAGAUCAUCUUCGAGCAUCAGUUGCUAGAGUAUCGCAAGAAUCAGCUGGCCGACAAGAAGCGAACCAAAGAAGAAAAAGACCUGAUGAACAAGGCGAAGCCCUUUGCCAGGAUGAUGCAGCAUGCCGACUUUGAGCAGUUCUGCAAGGAUCUAGAAUACGAGCACAACCUUAGGCAGGCCAUCUCACAGCUCCAGGAGUGGAGGAACAUGCAGAUCACGAGUCUCAAAGCUGGGGAGAAGUACGAACAGGAGAAGCAGCAACGGCAAACCCGGCCGCCUCCCAUUGGGCAGUUCGAUCGUCUGGCAUCCAGUAGGAUGACAAAACCCCAGCCACCUUUCGAACAACCAUCUGCAGCCACGGCGUUGCUCGCGCAAGAGCUGCCUUUGCAUGUCAAACAGAACAGUGGUCUCACAACGCCACCUCCGGAUCGCGCUCAGAACGGCGUCAACGGUGCAAAUGGUGUGCUAACACCACAGCAUUCCAAGACAAAGUUUGUGCCCAAAUCACUCCCCAAUACCGUGCCUCUCAAGUUUGGCAAAGAGUCAAAAGCGGAUCUUCAGUUGCUCAAUGCAGAGGAGGUGGAGAUAUGCAGUACGCUGCGUAUCAUGCCCAAGCCAUAUCUAGCGCUCAAGGAAACUAUCAUUCGGGCAGCACUCAACAAUGGCGGCGCGCUUAAGAAGAAGACGGCUAAAGAGAUUUGCAAGAUCGAUACGAACAAAUCAUCACAACUGUUUGAAUACUUUGUGCAUAGCGGCUGGAUAGCAAGGGCGUAA